CAUGCUUUUUGGGUCUCGAAAGUUCACAACAUCCACCAGAAUACCACCAAGGCCUCCUUCAAAUUUCCCAGCGUCCAGAUACCGGCAAGCCCCAAACACAUCUUUGCAUCCCGUCAAAGUCAAAAUCAUUCCAUCAAGACCAGGAAUGUGACUCGUAACCUCGCCUCGAGAGAAAUGCAACCAAAGUCCAAAACAGCCCUCGAGCCUCUCCAUAAAAAUCCCCUUUUUGUCGAAACAAGAUCCAUAAACUGAUGGCAAUCUAUGAUCUGUGGCAUCGGCAUCCACUACAAGACGGGGACCCAGAUCAAGGCAUGCAGCGAAGUAUUCCCCGGGGCGGUGAUGGAGGAAAAAUGUGACGAGUUUUUGGGAACUCCAUCUCCGUACCCCUUCGCGCUCAGCGCGCCUAGCCGCAAGUGGUGGUCAAUGGCACGCACGUCACGCAUAAUCCUUCCAGAUAGACUUUUUCUCGGUUCCCUCGAACGCCCCGUCGCGAUGCCACAUGGACCGCAUCUCGAACCAUGCUUAUACUUUCCCCAUCCUUUCACUGCCCUCUGGAAUUUGGUACGGAAACCCAGAACUUGGCAUCUGAGCACGGCUGCCAAGCCCGACACAAGGUCCCUUUUUCCAACCUUCCAUUGUGGUUCCGCAUGGACAUUGGGAGAAGGGGGAAACGUUUACUUGACUAAUGUGCGGGACGGAAGGUCCAUGUCUCCCCGCUUGUCAGCCUUUUUUUUUUUGGUUGUCGAACCUCCCUCCGGCAUGAUCGUAGCUAUCCCGCCAGCCAGGGAACCACGACAACGAGAUCCUCCUCCUCGUCGUCGUCCCAAGGAAGCCGAACCCUCGUCUGUACAAGGCACGAUGAGGGGGUUCAUGGGUGGUAACCCGUCAAAAUAUCCAACGCCCGCCGUGCGGUUGGUUUAGAACAAGCCAAGCGACCCCCCGGUCGAACGUAGGGGACCUUUCCGGGGGCCAGCCACGCAGCAUUUCCGAUCGUCCUUGUUUUGGACAAUUCCUCUACGGGCGGUAGAUUCACUCAAA